CCAUUUAAAUCUUUUGUCAUCGAUCGCCUGUUGUUGUAAUAUAUUUUUAUGAUUUCACAUACCGUAUCAUUUACAAGAAGACAUCGUCGACAAAUCAACAAUGUGCCUAUUUUAAUUUUCAGGAUUUAUCAAAAUGAACGAGUCCAAUGUUAACUCGAACAAUAUCUACAUGAAAAAACCUUUGACGGCGAAGGAGGAACACGCACUUCAACAGUUCAAGGAGAUUACGAAAGACGUAGCAGAUCAGAUUAAUUAUGAUUUGGAAAAGUUUCUUCGAGCCCGUUGUUUUGACGUUCAGAAGGCGGAACAAAUGUUAAGAAAUAGUGUUGACUUUAGAAAGACAAUGAAAGUUAAUACAUUGUUGAAAGAUUACAAACAACCAGAGGUAAUGAGAAAAUAUUUAACUGGGGGAUUUUGUGGUCAUGCUAAAGAUGGUUCGCCUGUACGUGUAGAAUUGUUUGGAAAUCUUGAUCUUAAAGGGCUAAUGCGAUCUACAAAAAAAUCCGACUUUGUAAAGAAUAAACUACACGAAUGUGAGUGGACUGUGAGUGACUGGGCAGAACAGAGCAAAAAGUUGGGUAGACCAGUAGACGGAAUGACAGUUAUAUGUGAUAUGGCAGACAUAGGAACGUCAGCACUGUGGAUUCCAGGUAUAAAGCUACACUUACAUUUAGUAAAGGUGCUGGAAGACAAUUAUCCUGAAAUGUUAAAGAGACUGUUGGUUAUAAAUGCGCCAUUAAUAUUUCCGUUGCUACAUAAAAUUGCAAGGCCAUUACUCAGUGAAGAUACACGACAAAAACUAUAUGUUAAAGGAGAUAAUUACAAAAAUUUGCUGUUAAGUUUUAUUGAUGCCGAAAACUUACCAGCCUGUUAUGGUGGGAUGUUAACAGAUCCAGAUGGAAAUCCUAAUUGCACGACAAUGAUUGGUCAGGGUGGACCAGUGCCAGAAGAGUUUUAUUUUGAAAAUGCAGAUUUAAAGGAACAGAUGCAAUCUGUCACUGUACCGAGAGCUGGGAAAAUAUACAUAGGAGCUAAAGUAGAUAGAUCAUUGAGUGUACUUAGUUGGGAAUUUCAAACAGAAGAUCACGACAUAGAAUUCGGACUUUUUUAUGAAGAAAAUGAUAAUUACAUUCCCAUUAUACCUGUGACAAGAGCUGAUAGUCAUGUUGUAACUCAUGAUGGCACGUAUACUUGUGACAAAGUUGGAAAAUAUUUCUUGUGUUUUGAUAAUACUUAUAGUUGGACUAGAUCAAAGCAACUUCGAUAUACAUGUGAAGUUUAUGAACCUGAUCAGACUAUCUUUUCAGAGGACGUCACCAAGCUGAUGAAAGAUGGUGACAUCAAAACAUUAACAGAGAAAUUUAAGUCACAUAAUUGAAUAAUACAGUAACUUUAUAUUUUGAAUAUGUUUCUGGUUGUACUUCUGUUCAUGUAAAUGUUAAAACUUUCAUUUCAAUCAUGAAUACGUUGAAACGCAAACCAAAUCUAGUUUCAAAAACCAGUGUUCCUGCUUUAUGUGUUAUCCUAUUAUUUUUACUUGGCUUCGCUCGAUUGGAAUGUUUUUAUUCUAUCUCAGGUGCAUACAGCCGUUGGUAUCUACUUAUAAGUAUUUGGUAAUUUUAAGUAGUUGUUUUAGUUCAGGUGACAAAUACCAUACAGCUUGAACACUUGGUACUAGUUUUUGAUAUUUGAUCAUGUUCAGGAUGUUAUUACACGUUCAUAAUCGUUUACUUCCAUCAUCCAUAUAAUUCAAGUCAGUAUAAAAAGAAGCAGAUGUGGUAUGAUUGCCAACGAGACAAGUAUCCACCUGAGCAGAGUCCAAAUGACGUGGAUAUUCGUAACUAUAGAUCACUGGUACUCUUUUAGUUUUUUCGCCGCUUCCUUCAUUUUGUUUACAACCAAGAAAAGGACGUUUGUUAUUUUCUUUGCGCCAUUAAUUUAGUUGUCUCAUUUAUUUAGUCAUCUUUAUGUUUUGCUAUUUUUCUUUUUUAGAAGGGGGUGCUUACUUUUAAUUCAUUCAUUCAAACACUAGCAACAUGUAGCCAAUGAAUAUUUUUCAUUAUUAAAUGAUAUGAGCAAAUCAGCCCUAAUACGGAUAAAUCAGCAUGUCCAAUACUGAUGACCUUGUCCUGUCGAUAUUAAUCAAGAGUUAAUAUUGCUUUCCGGACAUGGCCAAUACGGAAAAAUGCCGUAUUGGCCCAUGGGCUAAUACGGGACGUUCACUUUCGGUUUCAAUUUUCUUACGCCUUUGGACGUAUCGUUAUGCAUAACAUACUUUGUAUCAUAUUUUUUAACUUAAUAUCAUAAAAAAAGUUUAAAUGCUGUUCAGUUUUUAUAAACGUCUUGAAACGAGUAAGAAUAGUAACUGUCUGAUUUAUUCUUCCCGGCUACUUCAUAUUUGCUAGAUUUGAAUUGUACUAGCAUAAGAUUAAGUACUAGGACGAGAAAUUAGAAAUUACAUCUGACAAUGUUGACAAAAAAUUCAUCGUAAAUGCGAAAAAACAAGUUCAGAUAUGAAUUUCUGUAUCUUCUUCACGGCAGGUUUCAUAGUUUAAUCGAAGAAUUAAAAACAUUUAAUAAAAGUGUUAUAAACUGGCUGUUUCUGUAAUGGCCAGAGUCUCGGGUCCAAUACAGCUAACCUCGAAUCUAUAACAGGGUAAAUACAGAAAUAGCCAGUUAAUAACACUAUAGUAAAUUACGGCAACUUGCAUGCAUAUAAAUAUUUAUCAGCAGCGAUCUCGUCAAAAGCUUCCAAGAAAAUGUUAAUGCUAUUGAAGAAGCUUGUUCCCACAAAGUUUUUUUUUACCAACUGUUACCUCAAAUACAUAGCAAUCGGCUGUUUGGGGUUGAAGUCUCCUGUUGUAUAGUGGUAUAUGUUAUCCCUUAUAUGUAUCAAUACAUGUAAAUCUUUUUUAUUAAAUUAUAUCACUUUCUUUGAUAUCACACAUACACACACUAUAGUUACUAUACCUGUAUUUUCAAUUAGCUGUUUAGGCAAACUAACAAGUAUUUUUUAUAUAGAAGAAUUCAUCAAAUUCAGAAUAAUUAUGUAUUUCUGCAAUAUUUUAUAUAAGUCUUGUACUAAUGCUGAUAAAGUUAAUGCGGUCAGUGUGAAUGGUUCAAAAUGUGACCAUUAUUUGCUAUGUCAUACAAAUCACACGUUUGUUGUGACCCUAAUUCAGAUAAAAUAUCAAAUGUAUUUUGUGAUAUUUGAUUUCUUUAUAGAUUAAAAUGAUAAAAUGUU